AUGCCCCGCCCAAUCGUCUUGACCUACACGGUCCACCCGACCCAAGGCCCCCAGCGGGAGUACCUGACAGAUGCGCUCACAGGGAUGCAGGCGCAGCUGCCUUUGCGUAAUUUGCACUGGAAGUCUCCGACACGGACGGCGCUGCGGACGAUUCAGGAGGUGGAUGUGCAGCUUAUGGAGCUGGGAGAGGUGGGCCCACCAAGGGAGGUCGGGGGAAGUGUAUUAGAGGGAGCGCUUGUCAACUUGUGCUUCAUUGCAUGUGACGACGCAGAAAUAUACAAAAACUCGACGCGCUCGUUCAUCCGAGAUUGGCUCUCCCUGCUGUCGGCUCGCCGGAAUGUCCAUGCCCCACUCAUCAUCCUCGUCAAUCCUCCUUCAGCCAAAGAUACGGGUAAGAAUGUAUUUGGGCGGGACAAGGGUAUCCUCGGGAAGCUCAAGUCGGACUUUAACGUUGGCAAGCGCGACCGCUGCGUGCAGAUCAACUUGCCAUCUGGAAAUGUGGCGGACCCAGCAGCAUGGCCAGAAGUUAUCAAUAGGCUGAAAGAGAGCAUAGUGUCGGCGUUCGACUCGGCUAUCUUGGAGCGGGAGGAGGAGGUCAAGCGGGGUGAAGCGCAACGGAUGACGGUCGGAUGGAACUUUUGUACCUGGUUCCUCCUCAAGGAAUCCCUCGCACACUCUUUCGAAGGGGUCAACCUCCACGAAGACGCCCUGAUCGUAUAUGAAGAGCUCGACGCAACCUUCCUACAGAUCCUCAAGGAACAGAAUCUCUCCUGGUUCGGUAAACUCGGCGCGACGGGACCGCAGGAUGACUCGCUCCCUAUCCUCGACGUCCGCGCCAAGCCAUACAAGGAGAUGCUUCAAAGCAGCUCGAUCAGCAUCUUCGACUUCAGGGUGUAUGUGUUUGCGCGACAGGCGGUGUUGCUCGGUCGCUUAGGGAGGAUCACGGAGGUGGCGAAGCGAGGACAGUGGUUCGUUGCAAGCUUGUCGCGAAGGCUGAGGGAGAGUGAGGGCGAUCUCGCUGAGCAUUUCAUCGAAUCAUGGACGUUCACGGCGUGUAUGGACAUCGUGGCGAGAUGCGAUGAGUGGUCCCGCGUCGACAGACCAAAUGGGGACUACUCAGGACUGAUAGCGUACGAGUCUGCCCGAUCAGAGCUGCUCGACAUUGCUCGCGUCCAGGUCGAGCGGAUAGGCGUGUCAGCUGGCCACCUCCCCAGCGCAUACCCUUUCCUCGCGCCCACCGGCCUCGCCUCGCAAUCCGACGACGUCCUGUUCGAAUCUUCCGAUAACGGCCUCUCCGACGACGACGAUGACGAACAGACUGGCGAUGAUGGCCAGUCCGAUCGGGCUCGACUGUCCAACCAGCAGCUCGUGGACGCCAUGGGCGACGUCAAGAAGUUCCGGAAUCUGUACCUUGGCAUGACGAAGAAAGCGAUGUCAGCGUACGAGGCGUGCGGGAAGGUGAAUUCGGUGGUGAGGCUCAAGGCGGAUAUGGCUGCUUUGGCUUUGCACACGGAGGAAUGGCGGACAGCGUAUGACCUAUCCCGGGCACUCGCCAAGGACUGCGCCGACCUGCUUAUCUGGGAACCUAUCGCCAAGUUUGCGUUGGAGGGAGCACUACAGGCGCAUCGAAACCUGAAGCUCGCGAAAGACGAGGAAUGGGCGAAUAUUGCUACCGCGUACCUGCGGGUCAGAGCAAGCUCGAAGGAGGGUGUGUCGGCGCUGGAUGGGCCAGCUGGGCAGGAGGCGGAUAUGGGGUCCGAGAUACAGCUGAUCUUGGGGGGUCUGAAGGAGAUUGAGGUGGAACAUACUGUACACGAUCACAAGCUCUUCGACCUGUCUUUGGUAUCGAAUCAAGCGUCAGCGAUGAAUAAGGACCGGCCAGACAUCUCCAUGAUCUCCAUGGCCAUCUCAAGUAAUAUCGAUGAACCCUUCGACGUGGAUGACAUUCGCUUCGUUUACGAGCACGCCACAGCCGGCAUCGUAACAUAUAAUACUCUCGCAACGACGCUAUUCCCCGGCUACACCCAGCUCGACUUGUCAAGCGAGAGAUCCUGUGAGGGGGUGCUGAACUUGUCCGAAGCGCAAAUAUGGAUCGGCCAGACCUGCUUCUCGUACGCCCACCUGGCGAAUGACAGUCAGGUCAUCGCUCGCCGGCACCCCGAUGCGCCCAGUGUGAGCCUGCAGAUGCCCCGAACAAUCUCGCUCGAUGCAGAACCGUCUGUCGUCCUCCAUAUCUCGGCUGGCGCCUGCGAGAUGGAGCAUGUGGUCAUCUCGAUCGUGUCGCUACAUGACGAGAUGGCUUUCGACGUUUCAAGACUGUCUUCAUCCAACUCAAAUGUGUCGGUAUCCGAUACGGCCGCUGGGAUUACCUCGCUCGCGAAGGGAGAAGACGUGGAGCUGGCUAUACCCUAUCGCGGCACACCGCCUUCUGAGACUGCACAUGCCCGGAUCGUCAUGCGGUACAAGCGCGCUGGGUCGGAUGUCUCGAUGACGUACAUCGACGCGUCGAGCGUUUUUGUCGGACUGCCCUUGACGGUCAAUGUCCAGGACUUCUUCAGGAAAGAGAGUCUGAUCUCGCACUUUACGAUAGCGUCGGACGGGCGGGAAUAUCUACGCGUCAAAUCUGUGGACCUGCGUGCUGGGGAGGACAGCGGGGUCGAUGUUGAGCAGGCAAUCAAGGUGGAUACCAGUACUGUUGUCACGCCUGAACAGCACCUUUCGUGCCUGUUCAAGAUCCGCCAGAGAGAAGCUUCACGGUCAAAAAAUGUCGGCAGCGUGCUAAGGCUGAUCAUCGAGUACUGCAACAUCGAAGAAGAGGUCGAAGCUCGGCUAAAAGGCGUAAAGGCUGUACGCGCGCUGAAGCGGCGGAAUCGACAGUCAUGGUUGCCUAUGUACGCUGCGGAGGAGCGGAUAGAAGGUUUGCCCGAGAUUAGCUCUGCUGAGACUGCUAUCAAGCCUGAAGCUUUACCGUGGCGGACUCUCGAGAUUCCCGUAGACGUGCCCUCGCGACGAUUACUUGUGAUCGCCCGCCUCGCCGCGCCCACAUCAGCAGCAUCCGAGAUGAUCUACGAAGGCCGAGCACUAUCCAUGACCCUCAGUUUCCGGACGAGCUUCACCUGGGCCGGCCGGAGCUCUGGCAGGCAGAGGCUGGUAUUUGAUAUCGUGCCCAAUCCGGAUGAUUGGAUUGUGCUGGGUCGGAAGAAAGGGUUCUGGGACGCCGAGCCUGAGAAGGAGGAACGACAUGAAAUCACCCUCAUCCCCAUGCGUCCCGGCCCCCUCCUCCUGCCGACCGUAACGACCGCUAUCCUGCCCGCCUCCCCCUCGGAUUCUGCCAACCGAGGCAACGAUGAGCAGCUGCUCUGCGAGACCUACCUCGAGAACGCGGCCGAGGUCGUCCGGGUCUUGCCUGCCAAGAAGACGGUGAGGGUCAUGAUACCGCUCAUCAACGCCGGUGGCGGGAUGGUGGAGCAGCGGAGGGAAGAGUGGGGGAUGGUGGUCUGA